AUGUACUCUUUGAACAUCUGGAACCCAAGAUCAUUGUGGCCAACUUCUAGGAUUAGAUUAUUUCAACGUAGUACAGGAAAUAGAACUAGCAUCAGCAAGUUUGCUACUGUGGCAGAUUCUACUUUGGCUUCUAUGCAAAUGAAGAAACAGCAACGAGAGGGUGUGCAUACCACCAUCUACUACACCAUGUCAGUAUUUGUUGGCUUCAUUGGUCUCACCUAUGCAGCGGUUCCACUCUAUAAAAUGCUCUGCACUGAAACCGGUGUUGAUGGAACUCCGUUGACUUCCAUUGGUCACAAAUUCGAACCCAGCAGCAUGGUUCCUGUCACCAAUUCACAACCGAUCCGCAUCAUCUUUGAUUCAUCCAUUGCAGAUACGAUGCCAUGGAAAUUUGUUCCUGAAACACGGCAGAUUCGAGUGGUUCCUGGCGAAACAGCUCUAGCUUUUUUCCGUGCAUCCAAUCCUGGUACUGAAGACAUGGUCGGCAUUUCAACGUAUUCUGUAACUCCUGCCAAAGCAGCUCAGUAUUUUAACAAGAUUCAGUGCUUUUGUUUUGAAGAGCAAAAACUGGUUGCUGGAGAAGAGAUCGAUAUGCCUGUGUUUUUUUACAUUGACCCAGAAUUUGCAUACGAUCCUUGGAUGGCAGAUGUAAAGACCAUUACAUUGCAUUAUACGUUUUUUAAAAGUAAGUGA